AGCCCGACCCCCAACGCCAGGUGCACGGCGUCCCGAGGAACCCCGCGGCGUCCCGAGGCGCGGCUUUAAACGCCAGCUCGGCAGCGGGGCCCCGAUUAACGCGGCCACUAAUCGGGGCGGGUCCCUUCCAGCUCCACAGCCCAGGACCUUUUUUAAAAGUUAACACAAGAACGUAUUUUCUCUCCUUCCCGCCGCCCGUAACGAGCCCGCAGACUCGGAAAGCGCAACCAAAGCUGCUUUGUCUUUCUUUUGCACCCAGGGGCGGGCGGAAGAAAAAAGCGCAUUGUGCUUCGUUGGCGGAGGAGGGAUUUUAACUAAAAGGUGCAUCGUUAGGGAAAACAAAUCCUGACGUCAGCCAGAACCACCCCCCCAACCGGGGAGUCCGCUAGGGGUCGCGCCCCAGCGCCCGCGGCUCCCACGCCGCAACCGCCGGGAAAAGCCGCCGAGGGAGGCGGAGAAGACGGCGGUCUUGCCGCGGCGCAGACUCAGUGGAGCGUCGGGCGGGGGGCGGGGAGGAGAGAGCCCUUCUGGCGAUUUCCCCUUUAAGAAACCUUUUAGAACCUCCGACCCACUUCCGCUCUGGGUUCCCACAAUGCGCCGCGGCAGAGAGCGGCCUGGGCUGCGGGAAGCGGCUGAGGGGGUGUCUGGGAUGAUGUCAGGGAUGUCGGGCUGGGGGGAGGAAGAUGACCGGGGCAGCGACAACGACGGGAGGAUCUACGUGGGGAAUCUUCCGGCAGACGUGAGGGAGAAAGACCUGGAGGACCUGUUCUACAAGUACGGCCGCAUCCGGGACAUCGAGCUCAAGAACCGCCGGGGACUGGCGCCCUUCGCCUUCGUGCGCUUCGAGGAUCCCAGGUGGCAUCUUCCAUCCAAAGCCUAUCGGGAUUGCCUUGGACCUUCCCUCGCUCUUGCAGAGCUUCUCCUAGCAGGGAAUCUUGCAACUACUGGAUCCUCUCCUCAGAACCCAGAAGGAGCGUUAGGGCUGGAGUUGGAGCUCAGCGGUGGCUUGAUCUCCUCCACACUCGUGGCCCAGCGCCCCGAGCCCCAGUCUAGACAUUCCUUCCAAAGAAAAACUUGUCCCAAGCUCCUCUCCCCAGCCUCCGGCCCUGGGUGGGAGACUUUCCCCACGAGAAUUCCUCCAGCCCCCAUGAAUUGCCUUCUGGGGUGCCCUCUACCGGUGCCGAUGGUGCAUUAAAAGAAAAAAAGCAUUAGAUGAACGAAAAACUUUAAUUAUUAGAUAAGAAAGGAUCUUAAGGUUGCUUUAUUAUAUUCCACAAGUUAUCGGUAGUUAGAACUUCAGGAAAUCUAAUUUUGGUGUUUAUGAAUUUUUUUUUUAAGAUUUAAUUAAUUUUAUGUCAAUGUAAUUAGUUUGCUUUUUAUUUUAUUUUGUGCUGAACCAUAAGCUUUAUUUACUAGGAAGACUCUAGAAAUCCUGCAUUAGAUACUGUACUUAAGAGUCCCCAAAGAAACACCUUUGGAACCUGUAAGAAACCAAAUAACUUCAAAAUAGCUUUUUGCAAAUCAUCAGACAAGUUGCCAGUAGUUCAUCUUGUGUAAUUGAAUAGCUUCCUUGUCCUCCAAUACAAUGUGAACCAGCCCAAGUUACUGAUUGGGUAAUUCAUCUUGAGUGGUGGGUUGAGUUACUCCCAAGAAACCGCAGAGUGGGUCUCUAGAAAGAAUUCAGAUGUUGUAUGGCCUGGAGGAAGAAGGGAAACCCAUUUUAUCCUGUAACCCCUUUCCUUGAGCAAGCCACACAUGAUGAUAAUUGAAGAUUUUUAUUGCUGACUCAGUUCUAAUGCUGUAAUACUUAACCAAAACUAUGGAACAUGACAGUUUUCUGUAGCUAAUUUUAGUAAACUUGGAGAAUCUGAAAAACAAUGUCUCGAUGCUUGAUCUAUCCUAGCCCAGUCUUGUGCCCCCAUUCCCUCAUUGUUUUCUUUUUAUGGAAGUGAUCCGUUCAUUUUCUGAACUCCUUUUGUGGGGAUGGCCUUGAGUGCCAACUGUAUGCUUGGCAUCUUACCAAGUUUGGUUUGUGACUCCAUUAAUGGUAGUCUACACAUGCAUAUUUAUUAGGGGUAGCUGCCUCAAGAAAGGUUGUUUCAAAGAUGUGGAAUCCAGGGAAAGUACCCUGCUUGCCCUCCAAGGCCAAUAAGCCCCCUAGAGGAUUUUUUAUAAUCUUCAUGUAUCCCUGAGGUUUUAGUACUUCCUAUGAGAGGGAGAGAUGUUUUGCAUUGAGUUCAUUAUUUAAUGAUCAAAUCAGAACUUUAUAACUUGGGUACUUUUUAAACCUUUAUGAAACCAUUUUUAUUUAUUUAUUUAUUUUUGCUGAGGCAAUUGGGGUUAAGU